CUCGAUUAUCGAGUCUCUCGAGUUUCGAUAUCAUUCAAGGAUGUAUGUAAAGGCAGUGAUGAGUUGAUCGACCUGGCUUAUUGCAGAGAAACGGUUUUGAAAGCAUUGGCAACCCUGGCAUGAGACAGUGGGCAAUGCUUAGAACGAUAUUCACUUGUGCUGUAGUUUCGUUACUUCAUGCGUGUCGCAUCUCGUCUCAGGCACUCGCAGAAGUUCCCGCUGAUUCCUUCACAGCGCUAUCUGAAUGGAUUCUCCAGAAUGGUGGACAGCUUGGGGUGGAAUCUGGAGCAGUGAAUGCAGAUGGUCUCAGAGGUGCUUUGGCAGCAAGGGACUUUGAGGAGGGAGACAUUGUCGCUGCACUUCCUUACAACUGCACAGUCAAUCUGGGAUCCCGAGACGCCAGCGACACUGCUGCGGAGCUGGCAACAAACCUGUUGAGGAGAAGAUUUGAGGAGCCAGAUUUCUGGGCGCACAUGCAGCCGCACUGGGCAAGCAUGCCCGACAGGAGCCAGCUGUACAACAAGUACAACUUCCAAUCGGACCACCUGCCCUUGUUGCAAGAUACAGACAUGGAAAAGCGUGUGAUAAUAAUAACUAUAAUAAUAAUAAUAAUAAUAAUAAUAAUAAUAAUAAUAAUAAUAAUAAUAAUAAUAAUAACAAUAAUAAUAGCGUCGUUGGUGACAAGGGUGGGGCAGUGGCUUGAAGAGGUGUACACUGGGGCAACAACAGUGGAGCCCCAGUAUCGCUUCACCUCCCUUGCGCAUCACCCUGAAGCUGCUGACAUCAGCCGGGAGGACUUUGCCUACUAUGCUGCCCUGCUGGACUCCUACAGCUUCAGCUUCCCAGCAGAGGACGGCCACGAGGCGAGCCGAGUUGUGCUGCCCCUCUUGGACCUGAUCAACCACGGCGGCCAGCCCAAUGUGGCCAUCAAGCGGCACCCAGAGAGCAGCUCCUAUGUUGCCACCGCCCUGCACCCCAUCAAGCGUGGAGAGGAGGUGGUGCACCUGUACAGCUGGAGCUUAGAGCGGAAUGACAAAUCCCUUCUCGACUACUUCUUCGUGCAGGAGCCUGCGCCGCCGCGGCUGUGUGCGCUGGAUCUGCCGGGCGUGAGCGUGUGGGACACCGUGCAGUCGCCACCUGCCGACCACGAGCUGUACGGCCCCGGCGCCCCCCUCUGCAUCCAGGAGGAGGUGGAGCGCUUGAGGAGCAUUCUGGUGAGGUUCCCGACCGGGGAGGAUCAGGACGCGGCCCUGCUGGCAUCAGGGGAUCUGACCGACUGGCGCGAGAGGGUCAUCGUCAAAUUCAGGAUGCUGCGCAAGCGCGCCCUGAGACUGACCAUGCAGGGCUUGCAAGCAGCGCUGGAGGAGGCAGCGCAGCACGCAGGGCCGCGCGUGGUCGUCCCAAUUCCCGGCGCAAGUGAGGAGCUGCAGCCGGCCGCGUUCAUCGACGCGGAGACGGUCGCGCGGAUCGCGGCGGCGUCGGCGGCGCAGCCGAAGGGCCCACGCCUGACGGCGCUCGGGGCCGUGCCGGGGAGCCGGGGGCCGGCGGGCGGCCAGGGGGCGGAAGUGAAGAAACUCGAGCCGGUCCGGCCGGUCAAGGGGGCCAGCGAUGCGCUGCAGCCGCCCAAGAUCGCCCAGGUCGCCUCGCCUGGCGUCCAGGAGCUCUGAGGAGAUUUCGCAUUGUAUCUCUGCCCUUAAUGUUGUGUGUGGAAGCUGACAAGAUUCCUUUUUUGUUGCUGGUAGGUCAAGUCAGCCUGUUGUGACAGCUUUGAAUAGGAACAAACUGAAGUAAUUUGCUAGCUAAUUUCAGGUGAUCAAUCAUGACGUAGUCUGCAGACUCAAGACACUUUGUCAAAGAUACGACUUUGACCUGCGGGAUAUUGCUUAUGCCCACAUGCAAAAUUGUAAAAAGGAAGUUUUUC